UCAUCGUUCAUUUAAUUUAAGAAAAUGCCGGUAGUGUAGUUUUUUUUUAUAUUGUUGAACACGCCAUAAUCACACGUGUUUAUUAUCAAUUCCAAUCAUGGCAGAAAUAGAGAAAGCAAAGAAGAAAAAUAAGAAGAAAUCGUUGGGAGAUAUCCAAGUUGCUAUGGAUUGUAAAAUGGAACCAUCAGAUAUACCAGAAAAACUCGAUUGCAAAGACUGGCCUUUACUAUUCAAGAAUUUUGACAAAAUGCUAACAAGAACAAAACAUUUUACUCCAUUGACAAGUGGGUCAACUCCGCUCCAUAGAACUCUGUCAGAAUACGUAAAGUCAGGAUGUAUAAAUCUCGACAAACCAUCAAAUCCAUCAUCCCACGAAGUGGUAGCAUGGAUUAAAAGAAUUCUGAAGGUCGAAAAGACUGGACACUCUGGUACACUUGACCCAAAAGUAUCAGGAUGUCUGAUAGUUUGUAUCGACAGAGCAACUCGUCUUGCCAAGUCCCAGCAGUCUGCUGGAAAAGAAUACAUAGCAGUCUUCAAACUUCACUCAGCCGUCGAUAAUAUGCAGAAGAUAAAUCAAGCGCUGGAAAGAUUACGCGGUGCGCUGUUUCAAAGGCCUCCGCUGAUAUCAGCAGUAAAACGUCAGCUACGUGUGAGGACCGUGUAUGACAGCUGGUUCCUCGACUACGACAACGAGCGCAACAUAGGAAUAUUUAAAGUUAAGUGUGAAGCUGGUUCCUAUGUUCGUACUAUUUGCGUCCACUUAGGUCUCUUCCUGGGUACUGGAGCGCAAAUGCAGGAGCUGAGGAGAAAUCGUUCCGGUGUUCAGAGUGAAGAAGACAACAUGGUGACCAUGCACGACAUUUUAGAUGCCCAGUGGCUCUACGAAAAUCAUGCCGAUGAGUCUUAUUUGAGAAGAGUCAUAAAACCAUUAGAAGCUCUCCUGGUUAAUCAUAAGAGAAUAAUUAUGAAGGACAGUGCUGUAAACGCUAUUUGCUAUGGAGCCAAAAUAAUGUUACCCGGUGUCCUGAUGUACGACGAUGGCAUUGAGUUGAAUCAGGAAAUAGUCAUCGUGACAACUAAAGGCGAAGCUGUCGCUUUAGCAAUAGCCAUGAUGACUUCACCAACAAUGACUGCUUGUGAUCAUGGAGUCGUUGCUAAAAUAAAACGAGUAAUUAUGGAACGAGAUGCUUAUCCUCGAAAAUGGGGUCUUGGUCCGAAAGCUUCGAUGAAAAAACGUAUGAUUGUUGAAGGAAAAUUAGACAAGCAUGGAAAACCCAAUGAAAAUACUCCUGCUGAUUGGCUUUCGGGUUACUCUGAUUAUAACCAACCUGCUGUGCCUAAGGCAGAAGAGAAUGGAGUCAAAGAGCCAGCGGUGAAACGUAAGCGCGAAGAGUCUGAAUCAGGAGAACCAGAAACUCCGGCUCUGGCGAUAAAACAAGAGCCUCAAGAAAUGGAUGUUGACCAAUCGCCCAAAGAGAAGAAGAAGAAAGACAAAAAGAAGAAAAAGGAAAAGAAAGAAAAAGAAGCAGAUGCUUCUAUGAACGAAACCAUGGAAACUGAAGGAGAGACAGGAGAAACACCCAAGAAGGAGAAGAAAAAGAAAAAGAAGAAGAGCAAAGAAGAACCACAGGAAUAAUUUUUCAAUUAUUUUUCAAGCAAUCUCAGAUGAUUACUGUAUAUAAAUAUUAUGUAAUUCUUUACAUUUAAUUUCUGAUCAUCAAACAGGCUUUGGGAUUAGAUUUUUGUACCAUUUUUUCAAUCCCACAAUGUUUAAAAAUUUAUAUCUAGGUGUAAGGACAAUAUUGUUUUCCAUUUUUUUCUCAAAUGACUUUUCUUUAAGUUAAUUUACAUAAAAUUAAACUUCUGUUAUGUAAGAGAAAAACAAGCAUUUACUAGAUUAUUUUCUAAUAAAGUAUUUUUAAACUUUA